AUGCGUUCUUAUAACUACAUGACACUGUUUGCAGGCGCUGUUCUCGCGCAAGAAUCUGCUACAGUCAUAAACUUCUUCCAGUUCGACAGCACACUCACUGUACUGGGCUCAGACGCCAAAGCAACUACAUUCCAAAACUCCUGUCCCUCAGACGCCGCCGGUAUCUCUGCAGUACCAUCCGACUUGCUCCCAACUCCUGACGAUGCGUCGGCUACCCCAGCACCUACACCCGCGCCUCGCAUGCGCCGGCAAGCCAGUGCUUCUGACGACGACUAUAUCUUCUGCGAGCCCUACACAAUCGUCCAAGGCCCAGAGACUUACGAAUUCCAUCUCACCGACCCCGUCCCCGGCGCAUGGACCGUCGACAUGAAAUGCAGCUGGAAAGGCGAGAUGACAAAGGCAGACUUGACCUGCGACGUCACUCAAAGCGGGCGUAUUCCUGACCAGAGCGUCCAGCUAGCAACUACGAGUGUGCUGCCUCAGAGUGAAAUCCAGGAUAUGCAGGCAUACCAGGUGGUGAGCCUGGUGAGCGCAAGUGGUGCGGCUUCGCCCGCUUCGGCUUCGGCUUCAGUGACACCCACACCUACAGCUACGCGUGCGCCAUCGGCUAGUGGUUCAAAGGCGCCGGCGAGUUCGGGAUCUAAUGCUGCGUCGACACCAAGUCAGGGUUUUGCGCCUGCUGGGCCCCUGCCUACGGGCGCUAUGAAGGUUGUUGGAGGUGCUGUCGGUGUCUUUGCUGUAGCAAUGGCGCUGUAA